AUGGCCGACUGUGACGACUCUCCCAUGUCCGACAGCGAACAGCAGACCUGGCUCACCCUCUCAAUCACACACCGCAAAAUAACAUACGAAUUAUCAUUCCCCGAAGAUGCCACCAUCACAGACCUCUUUGCCGAAAUCGAAGCCAGCCUCGAUGUACCUGUCGCAAACCAAAAGAUCAUCGCGCCCAAAACUCCCCUCCUCAAAGCACCUUUCAAAAACCCCGAUAUGCCUCUCACCGACCUGAAAGGCAAGGCUUUGACGCUCAUGGGAUCUCCGGCGUCCGAAAUACAGCAGGUUCAGGAUAUGGCGGAGCGCGUGGCCCAGCGCAACGCUGCGAGGAUGGCACAACGCAAAAAGGCACGAAACGCGACACCCCGUCGGAAACCGGAAGAAUCUCAAUAUACCUUUCUCCAAGUUCGACCUCUCCAGGGUCUUCCGAACCCAGAGCGCAGCCAGAAACUCCUCAUGCGCCUCAAGGAAGACCCAGGUAUUCGCGCCACCAUGACAAAACAUAAAUUCACCGUCGGAAUCCUCACAGAGAUGGAACCUCUUUCGAACACGCAGACAACACACGAAGGAACAAGUCGAAUACUCGGUCUGAACCGAAAUCAGGGCGAGGCGAUUGAGUUGCGCUUGCGAACCGAUGCGCACGAUGGAUACCGCGAUUACAAAACCAUUCGCAAAACCCUAUGCCACGAGCUGGCGCAUAAUGUGCAUAGUCCGCAUGAUAGGAAUUUCUGGGACCUGUGUCACCAGAUUGAGCGCGAGGUCGAUGCUUCAGAUUGGAAGUCUGGCGGACACACCAUUGGCGAGUCGUCGCGGUAUCACAUAUCUGGAAAUGAUGAGGAUGACGAGGAGGAUUACCCUGAGGACUUUGGAGGUUGGACGGGCGGAGAGUUUGUCCUAGGUGGUACCAAGACCAGCGGUGGUGCUGCUGCUGGGUUGAGCAGGAGAGAAGUCCUUGCACAAGCAGCUCUUGAGAGACAGCGGAAGCAAGCUGAGACUGAGCGCAAGGUGUUGGAAGAGCAACGUGGACGACAGACACCACCUGACGAGUCCAAGUAA